GGAUAUCUUAUCACUUAUAAUCCAUUUUCACCUAAAUUUUUUUAAAAGACAAAAAUCAUUAUCAUAAACAUUUCUUGCAAAUGGAAAUCUAAAACACAAACCAUGGGAUCUUACAAAAAGUAAUAACUUAGAUCACAAAUAAGAUAUAUCCCGCCCGUAUGGCGGGCCGACCCUAGUAUGUUAUAUAAGAAGACCACAUCAGCUCCCUGUCUCUCUCUCUUUACCUCGGUUCCUUGCGUAUAAAGAAACCUAAUCUUUCUCUCUAACGCUAUUUACAACUCACGGUUCCCUGCUAGCUUCUUUGCUCCGUUACUUACAUGUCUUCAAAAGAAUCCAUCCCAAUGGUGAAAUCUGAUGAUCAUAAGUUUUGGAAGCUGGAUAUGUUAGCAAAAUUUUCGGAAACGAUUCUAGAAGAAAAAGAGAGAGCCAGUGGCACGGAGAAAUCUUCUUCGACACCACCUCCCAAGUGGCUUAUGGAGGUGAUGAUGAAAGAAAAAAACGCACACGAUCCAAAACUGAUCAUAGAGAAGAGACUGCACGCGAGCGAUCUCAGCAAAGUCCAGUCACGUCUCUCAAUGCCUAUAAACCAACUGCUUAGUUCGGAUUUUUUGACGGACGAGGAGAAAACAAUCCUACACGAACCGGCGCCAGAUCCGGUGAAAAGUACUCGUAAAGAAGGCAGCAAAAAAGGCGUGAGUGUGGUCCUGGUGGAUCCUCUGUCAAAAAGGCAUGAGGUUGAGAUAAGGAGGUGGAAGAUUGGUGCAUGUUGGAGCUAUGUAGUGGUUGGUGGUUGGAACAAUGUGAUUGACAGGAACAAGUUUGAGGUGGAUGACGUCACUGUGAUAUGGUCGUUCCGAUAUGGAGGAGGUAAACUAUGUUUGGCUCUCUCUCCUCUGGUAAGAGAAUCUAAACACUCCGGUCAGAGCAGCUCUCGUCGUUCCUGAUCACACACCAGUGCUUAAGCCACAAGUAAGAGAGGAUUUGUUUAUCCGGCAAUUAUGGAUUUUGUGUUAUUCUUCUUCCUUUUUCUGUUUUGAAGUAAAA